CGUCAGCCCCAACCAAACCAAUACCAUUUCUUUUUCUUUUCUUUCUUUCUUCCUUUCAAAAACCAGCACCCAAUCAGAUAAAUAAAAAAAUAAAAUAAAAUAAAACGAGAAUAAAUUUCAUCCUUGAGUAGAUGAGCCUCUUCUGAUCUUCAACUACGGCUGCGGAAGUCUACGAAUUCGGAAGGUAAAGCACGUUUCCGGUAGCGGGGUCGGGACACCUUCGAAUCGAUCGGUCGGAGUAGCGUCAGAGAAAUUCAAACUACAGAUGCCGGUGGAGGACCUGCUCGACAUCAAGUUCAGGCUCUUCGAUGGCUCCGAUUUGGGCCCUUUUCAAUACUCCUCGGCCUCCACCGUCGAUAUGCUUAAGCAGAGGGUUGUCUCCGAUUGGCCCAAAGGUAAGACAAUCGUACCAAAGGCAGCGAAUGAGGUGAAACUAAUCAGUUCUGGUAAAAUCUUGGAAAACAACAAGACCGUUGGUCAGUGUAGAAUGCCUUUUGGUGACAGUGCCGGAAGUGUUGUAAUAAUGCAUGUUGUCGUACAGCCAUCUCUAGCAAAGACUAAAACAGAAAAGAAGAUUGAUGAUUCACCUAGGAAAAUUGUCUGCUCGUGUUCCAUCUUGUGAAAGCAACUGUGAUAUAUCUUUAGCUGCAGAAGCAUAACGUGUCUGUUGCAGCGCUCAUCAGUACAACUUCAUAUUGUCGAUGAUAUGUAAUUAUAAAAACAAUUUCUGUUGUUGAUGACCUUAAAGUUCUUUUUCUAUCAAAGGGUUGACAGCAUUCAGUGGCCUCUGAUUUCUACAACUAUGAAUUAAGCACUUUUUUUUUAUUUUUUUUUUGGGUUGUUUUUCUGUCAUUUCUACAACAAAGUUGUAUACAUCUGUCUAUGUAAAGACGAAAUCUGCAACGAGAUUUCAAUGAGAAUUGAGAAUGCCCGCUGUCUGUUUAUUCUGAA